AUGACUCUGGUUCCUCAGCCAUCAACGUCAGAGGCAGCGAAGUCUGACUCAGAAAGGUCGUCUCUCGAUGAAGCAGUGUACGGAUGCACCUGCGGUACGCCUGACGCAUCUGUAAACUGGAUCUGUUGUGACAAUGACGACUGCCCGGUGAGAUGGUACCACUGGGAAUGUGCUGGGGUGACGGAAGAACCUUCUGGUGAUUGGCUUUGUUCAAUGUGCGGCCUCAGGUCGACCAAAGGCGCGGAACUGGGGAAACAACGACGGGGAGCAAAGACGCCAAUGUUCCCAAAGCUUGGAAAGACGGCGGCGACAGCUUUCAACGGCACUUUGAAUCGUGAAAACAAGAGUGGACGCGGAGUGGCGGAUAAGACGCAUGUGGGCGCGAAGAAAGGUGUCGCUGUCAGAAAGGCGCCGCCAAAGAAGAAAAAAUCCAAGUGGAUAGGGUGGGUCGAGAUGACUUCCGAAGGCGAAGAGGAACACAAGGAAAGCGUGUUUGCAGCUCAGGGAGCGGUUAAUGUUGCCGACGGGAGGCGGACGAAGGCUCGUGCGACUCAGUCGAUGGAGAGGCCGACAAGGUCGCGAACGCUCGGAGGGACCUCAAAGCAAGCAGCUAAGGGGGAAAAGGGGGCGAGGAGAGAGUCAGAAGAGGGAAAACCGGACGAGGAGGACCGCACGCAGACAGCCGAACCCCGAAAUCAAUACGAAUACCUGGAGCCAGUCCCUCGCCUACCGAAACGAACACCCACGAAUGCCGUCGGCGCGUCAAUCCCCCCUCCCGACGUCUUUGCUGAAGCAACGAACCCGACCACACCAGCACUCAGCACUCCGGCCACGCACUCUCCGGCAAGUGCGCUACCGGAUUCAAGCGAGGACAGCACGUUCGCAAUCACCGUGCGCCAUCCCAGCGAGGUACCUCCGGCGCCUCCUGCGAGCGGGGCGGCCAUGGUCAUCGACACGGAGGAGCAAGGAUGGACGCCCCUUAUCACGUCAGUGGCUCCCGACGGCGGCAGCUCCGUGGACUACUGGUCCUACCGCACGAACACGUGGUGCACGAUCCCGCUCUCUGCGAUUCGGAGCACGCUUCCGCGCCUUCUCUGA